AUGAAAAUCUUUCUUGAAUCAAUAGACAAAGGGGUGUGGGAUGCAGUGGUAAAUGGACCUUUUAAACCAAUUAAAAUAGUGGAUAGAGAGACUUUUCCCAAAGAAUUCUCACAAUGGACCCCUGAUGAGAAUAAGAGGGCAUAUUAUGAUGUUAGAGCCAAGAAUAUUAUAUCUUAUGCACUAAUAUUGGAUGAAUUUUAUAGGGUCUCUGUGUGUGAAUCAGCCAAAGAGAUAUGGGACGUUUUGGAAGUCACCCAUGAGGGCACAGAUGAAGUUAAAAGAGCUAGGAAAAAUACUCUUAUUCAAGAGUAUGAAAUGUUCAGAAUGAAGACUGGGGAAAGCAUAUGUGAUGUACAGAAGAGAUUUACACAUAUAGUAAAUCACCUCCUAGCUCUUGGCAAGAUCUUUGAUAAGAAAGAGCUAAACAUCAAGAUCUUGAAGAGUUUAAACAGGACAUGGCAACCUAAAGUCACUGCUAUUUCAGAAUCCAAAGACCUCACUAGCAUGAACAUAGCCACACUCUUUGGGAAGCUGAGAGAACAUGAACUAGAACUUGGAAGACUCAAGGCAGAAGUGGAUGGAGAAAAAAGGCACACAAUAGCCUUAAAGAGUGCAGUAAAAUCUGCAGUAAAACAGAAGAAAGCAGACUUUGCAGAUGACUCCAAUGAUGGAAACUCUGGUAGUGAAGCCUUGAGCUUAAUGGUGAAAAAGUUCUCAAAAUUUCUGAAGUAUAAGAAUAAAACUAACAACAGUUAUGCAGGAAACAAGAGGCAGUCCAGAUCUGGAACUCAAACCUGCUAUGAGUGUGGCAAGACAGGAUACAUCAAAGCUGAUUGUCCAGUGCUGAAGAUGAAGCAGAAACUGGAUGAGAAAAAUGAGGCAGAGAAGCACCUGAAGAAAAAGAAAGCCUACAUUGCCUGGGAAGAAAAUGACUCUAGCACAUCCAGUGAAUCUGAUGACAGCACUGAAGAGGAAAAUAAUCUGUGUCUGAUGGCUAAAGCUGAAACAUCCAUUAAAGCAGAAUCAUCCAAAAAUAGUGUAAGUAGUUUCACAUCUGAACAUGAGGAAAAUGACUACUAUGAACUGCUUGAUGCCUUUAAUGAACUGCAUAAGGAAGCUACAAAACUACAAAAGUCAAAUAGCAAACGUAAAGGAGAGAUUACGUGGCUGGAGGGUAGAAUAAAACAGUUAGAAGAGGAAAAUGAGAAUCUAACAACUUGCUUGGAAAAAUAA